AUGUCUUUUAAUAUAGACGCCCCUCCUUCUUUAGACACUGUUAACCAGGCUCUACAAGCUCUUUACAACAAUCCCGAUGUCACGGGCAAGGAGAAAGCGUCCGUUUGGUUAGGAGAACUUCAAAAAUCCGUGUAUGCCUGGCAGAUUGCAGAUCAGCUUCUGCAGCUGAACCAGAGCUUGGAAUCAUGCUACUUUGCUGCUCAGACCAUGCGAACAAAGAUACAGUAUGCUUUUCAUGAACUACCCCCUGAGUCGCACCAGUCCCUCCGUGAUUCUUUGCUCGGACACGCUUCAAAAAUUGCUCCAGGAACCCCACCUGUCAUUGUCACACAGCUCUCCUUAGCUUUGGCAGAUCUUGCUCUCCAGAUGGCCACUUGGAAGUCGGCGGUUGUAGAUUUUAUUGAGAGAUUCAGCAAAGAGCACAUGGGUUUUCUGCUAGAACUUCUUACAGUUUUACCUGAAGAGAUAAGCAGCCGCUCGCUUCGCCUAGGAGCCAAUCGGCGAAAGGAAAUCACAGAAGAACUGAUUUCUGUGAGUCCUGUGGUCAUACAGCUGCUGACUCAUGUGAACACAACAGUGACAGGAGAGGAAGAACGAGACCAGAGAAUAAGGAGUAAGUCCUACAAGGUGAUGGGAAGCUGGUUCUCAGUUGGGGCCAUACCCCAGCAGGUGCUUCUAUCUACACAGCUCAUGAAUUUCCCGUUCCAGGCUUUGGCUAAUGUUAAUUGCCCAGCAUUUCUCCACGAAGCUGCUACAGACUGUGUUUGUUCAGCUUUAUACUGUUCUGAGGACUUGGAGAAGUUCCAAGAGCUGGCCCAGAAGCUCUUCCAGGGAGUGAUGACCUUGGUGCCAGCUUAUCACCAGGCAGAUAAACAUGAGGAGUCUGACAAGUGCUUGAACUACUGCAGAAUCUUUACAGAGCUGAGUGAAACUUUGUUCAACAUGAUGUUGAACUCACCAAACCAGGGACUGGGAACAUUUCAGCUUCUUGAUCUUCUGCUGAUGUGUGUUGGACACCACUUGUACGAGGUGGGGGAGAUAACUUUCAACUUCUGGUAUCGGUUAUCGGAAGAACUUUACCAGCGAGAUAACCAGGAGCUGACCGACAUGUUUAAACCAUACAUACAGACUUUAAUACUGUCCUUGUGCCAGCAUUGUCAGAUGGAUGAAGACCACGAAGGGGUACCUGAUGAGUCUGGGGAUUUUGGAGAUUUCAGGGUCCGGGUCUCGGAGCUCAUCAAAGAUGUUGUUUUUAUUGCAGGGUCUUCUUCAUGUUUUAUUCAGAUGUUUGAAAAUCUGAAAUCCCCCAAAACACCCUCCUGGUGUGUGGCAGAAGCAGCUCUCUUUGUGAUGACAGCCGUAGCAAAAAAUAUUUUACCGGAAGAAAAUGAGAUAGUGCCUCAGGUUGUGGAGUCCAUUCUUGCCUUGCCAGACAGCACUCAUAUCUCGGUGAGAUACACCAGCAUUCAGCUGUUGGGAGAGCUGUCUGAGUGGAUAGAGAACCAUGCCAGUUUACUUGACUUAAUCCUCCAGUAUUUGCUCGUGGGCCUCCAGCAACCUCAGCUUUCAUCGAUUGCUGCCAACGCCCUGCAGAACAUCAGCACGCAGUGCCGAGAUCACAUGACCAACCAUUUCCAGGGACUCAUGCACAUCGUCAAGUCCAUGGAGACGUUCAGUCUGUCAUCAGAUGCAGCCAUUGGUCUGCUCAAAGGAACAGCCACCAUCUUAAGCCGAUUACCAUCCAACGAUAUUACAGAAGCUCUCAGACAACUGUGUGCCUGCCAGAUUUCUCCACUAGAGAAGUUACUUUGUGAAGAAAGUGGACCGGUGAAGCACGGAGCAGCAAAUGACCCCACAGUAUGGCUGGACAGACUAGCUACAGUGUUUAGACAUACAAAUCCUUCAGUGCCCAGCGGUCAGACACACCCAUGCCAAAUGGUCAUUUUAGAGGUAUGGCCAGUGUUGUCGAAAGCUUGUGAUAAGUACCAGUCUGACGUUCGAAUCAUUGAAAGAUGUUGUCGGUGUAUACGAUUUGCCAUCCGAUGUUUGGGCAAGAAUUCGGCCAUGUUGCUCACACCUUUAGUCACACAGAUGGUUGGUUUGUAUCAGACACACCAGCAUUCAUGUUUUCUCUACCUGGGCAGUAUUCUAGUGGAUGAGUAUGGAGGCGAGGCAGGCUGCAUACCUGGCUUGUUAGACAUGCUUCAGGCAUUCUGUGGCCCCACGUUCAAGAUCUUAGAAGAACAUAAUGGUUUGAGAAAUCACCCAGACACAGUUGAUGACCUGUUCAGAUUGUGUUUAAGAUUUAUCCAGAGGGCCCCAGUGCCAUUCCUCCAGAGCAGCAUGGCCAAGCCCAUUAUGUGCUGCGCUAUCGCUGCAUGUUCGCUAGACCACAAGGAUGCCAAUGCCUCAGUUAUGAAGUACCUCUCCGACAUGAUCAAAUGUAUGCGAGAGAAAGAGGACAGGGAAGACUUUCAGCUACGCUGGACUUUGGUGAAGAAACUUCUAGAAGAUCACGGACAGUCCCUGGUGGUGGCCCUGAUCAACGCGUGCCUAUUCUGUUUACCGACAUUUAUGUCAGCAGACGUCAGUGAAGUGCUGUUUGAACUGAUGUUAAUAGACAGACCAACCUUCUGUGUGUGGCUGGAACAUACGCUGAAAGCCCUGCCCACAGAGAGCAGUGGGGGAGCAGUGACAGCUACUAAAAAACAACUGGCAGAUUUCCACAAGGCUUGCACCAGUGCCGAGGAUAUCAAGCAGGUCAGCGGUGCCCUUCGAGAGUUCUGUCGUCUGUAUAGAUAG